GCCGCGGCUUCGGGGCACGGCGCUGCGCUCCCUCCGCCGCCGGAGUUUCCCCGGCCGGGGGCGGCGCCCCCUCUCCGCGCCGUUUAUAGACUGGGGCUCGCUGGCGCCUCGGCUACUGCGGAGCCUGCGCGGGGAGUGUUGUGUUCUGCCCAAAGGAAUUAAAUGAUUGAAACUACAGAUACUUAAAAUUUCUUCUUGUGAACAGCCAAUAUCAAUAUGGAGGUGUAGGCCCCUUAGAAGGGACUUCAGUCUGAACUCUGGGAGGUAGUUUUGUGCACAAAUAAAGAAACUAAAACAUUAAAGGUUAUUUUAUUUGAGGAUUCUGUUCACUUUAUAAACAUGGCAUACAGAAAAAAUAUAAUUAAUCAACAUAGAACAUUAGAAUGUCUCAAUAUAAACCAGUUUAUCUCUGUUAAAUAUGAUAACUGUAUACCUGUAACUAAGACACCAGGUUAAAACUGAAAUGUGCUGAGAAUGCUAUAGGUCAAAAAGCCUGGGGCUGUUUCAAGCCUGUUGCUUAAAACAGUUCAUCCUUGUCAGUGAUAGUGUACAGGAUUUAUUUAUCUUGUAGCUGGAUUCUUGAUAUAUGCAAGGUUAAAUAUAAAUGGACUUUUUUAGUCUUAAUUUUGAAUGUAAUAUGCAGAAGUCAGGGUUUCUUGGCAGUCUGAUAUUAACAACUAUAUUGGGUGAUAUUCAGGGGCUUUUUUUUUUUAAUGCCUUUUGAGCUUGACACACAGUUUCAACCUUCUAACGAGAUUUGCAAACUAAAGUCUUUACAGGUAUGAGCUGCAUAUUUAUCGGAUCUCUGGGUUGAAAUAGUUUUUAAAUUAAUGUGUUUUAGUCAAAAUUGUUGAUUUGGUUGCCCCCUGUUUUAGUUUCUUUAUGGAUGAAGGAUUUUGAUAAACUCAUCUGAGGUUUUUCCAUCUCUGGACCCUACCUCUACCAGCCUGGCUAAUUGAUACUGUUCUCCCAAAUAUAUAGUGCAAGGAAAGUAUUUGCAGAUAAUUCAAGAAAAAAUGCUGUCAGUGCAAAAGUUAUUUCCAAUUUGUCAAGAAGUACGGAGAACGUGUCAAAAAGGAAAGGAGAGCAUGCUCAGUAUUUAAACAGAAUUAGUUGUAUGAUUAACAGUUUUUAUUUGUGCAUUCAAAGUUGCACAUCAAAAUACUUCACUUUCAGGUUGUUACUUUUGUGUAGGUAGGGGUUACUCAGAAUUACCUUUAAUGCACACAACUACCUCCCAGAGGAAGACUUGUCCCAUUCUUCCAAAAACAAUCCAUUAUGAACAUAAUGGAAAAUAGCCCUUUCUUGGCUAACAUGAUGAAGCAUAGCACUCUGUGUGAUGAACUGAAGUAUGACUUAUCCUGUGAACUCUACCGGAUGUCCACGUUUUCUACUUUCCCUGUUAAUGUGCCAGUGUCAGAACGGAGUCUUGCCCGGGCUGGGUUUUAUUACACUGGUUUGAAAGACACAGUUAAGUGUUUCUGUUGUGGCUUAAUGUUGGACAACUGGCAGCCAGGAGAUAAUGCUAUGGAAAAACAUAAACACUUCUAUCCUAGCUGCAGUUUUAUUCAGAACUUAAUUUCAGCUAACAACCUUGGAUUCUCCUCUCAUUCUGCGUUUUCGCCUCUGGUCACCAACAGUUUAUUGCCAUCUCUACAUUCCAUGAACUUUACUCCAAGCUUAGAGCAGGUUGGCUAUUUCAGCGGCUCUUUUUCUAGUUUUCCUCAAGACCCCAUAACUACUAGGGCUGUUGAAGACCUCUCAUGUUUGAGACUGAAGCUUCACAGUCCAUCCAUGAGCACAGAAGAUGCUAGACUACGCACUUUUCACUCAUGGCCCCUGACAUUUCUGUCACCAACUGAUCUGGCAAAGGCUGGAUUUUAUUACCUGGGGACAGCAGACAAAGUUGCUUGUUUUACCUGUGGUGGUGAACUGAGUAACUGGGAACCGAAAGAUAACGCCAUAUCAGAGCAUCGAAGACACUUUCCUAGCUGUCCUUUUGUGGAAAAUCUCACUCGAGACCAACUAAACUUCAAUGUUUCUAAUGUGAGCAUGCAAACCCAUGAAGCACGUGUUAAAACAUUCAUAAACUGGCCAACUAGAAUUCCAGUUCAGCCUAAACAGCUUGCAGAUGCUGGUUUUUAUUAUGUAGGGCGCAAUGAUGACGUCAAGUGUUUUUGCUGUGAUGGUGGUUUAAGGUGCUGGGAAUCUGGAGAUAAUCCAUGGAUUGAGCAUGCAAAGUGGUUUCCAAGGUGUGAAUAUCUACUUCAUGUGAAAGGAAGAGAAUUUGUAAGUCAAAUUCAGGCAAGGUUCCCCCAUCUUCUUGAACAGCUGUUGUCGACCUCUGAUACACCUGUGGAUGAAAAUGUUGAUCCUCCAAUUAUUCAUUUUGAACCUGGAGAAAGUCAUUCGGAAGAUGCAAUCAUGAUGAACACACCUGUGGUUAAUGCUGCCUUGGAGAUGGGAUUUAGUAGAAGGCUAAUAAAGCAAACAGUGCAAAGUAAAAUCUUGGCGACUGGAGAAAACUACAAGACUGUUAAUGACCUUGUGUCUGAUCUCCUCACUGCUGAAGAUGAGAAGAGGGAAGAAGAGAAAGAAAGGCAGUCUGAAGAAGUGGCAUCAGAUGAUUUGUCCUUAAUCCGGAAAAAUCGAAUGGCUUUAUUUCAACGCUUGACAUGUGUACUUCCAAUCCUUGGGAGUUUACUAUCGGCUAAAGCAAUAACUGAACUUGAGCAUGAUGUUAUUAAGCAAAAGACUCAGACACCAUUGCAAGCAAGGGAGUUGAUAGAUACAGUUUUAGUGAAAGGAAAUGCAGCAGCCAGCAUAUUCAGAAACUGUCUACGAGACUGUGACCCUUUACUCUACAGAGAUUUAUUUGUGGAGAAGAGUGUGAAGUACAUUCCCACAGAAGAUGUUUCAGGUUUACCUAUGGAAGAACAAUUAAGAAGAUUACAAGAAGAAAGAACAUGUAAAGUUUGCAUGGACAAAGAAGUUUCCAUUGUUUUUAUUCCAUGUGGUCACUUAGUGGUGUGCAAAGAAUGCGCGCCUUCCCUUAGGAAAUGCCCUAUUUGCAGGGGGACAAUCAAGGGUACAGUACGUACAUUCCUUUCAUAAGGAAGGGAGACUCUCACUUGCAAAAUAACACCUGUGUUCCUGCUGUUGUCCAAGUGCUGAAGUUUAAGCCACCAGUGUCUUAAUGGAAAACUGUGAUAAGUAGUUGAUUAAUCAUCUGCCAUAACACAGUUGUAUACUAGUAAACUAUAUUGUCAUUAUGCAUAUACUAGUUCCUCCUUGCCAAAGAUGACUUCUGUAUGUAGAACUAAUAGUAAGGUGAAGUUUUCAGUAACUCUCCUCUCUGAAAUAGGUAAAGCAGUUCCAUAAGUAUGCCUUUAUGACAAUUUGAAUAAAGUAUUUUCUGAUCAAGUUCCUAAAAAUAGAACUUGGCAUACCAGUUCUCAUGAGUUCCCUUCCACAUAGAUGUGAGGAAAUAAUAGCUUGUUUAUUAAUAGUAAACUUCAGCUACGAUUCUGGUUCUGAGUUGGCUUUCUUGUGGCAUUGGGGGAGGAAAGAUAGGUUAACCAUUGCAAGAGCAGCAAGAUUUUUUUUAAAAAUUAUGUUUAUAUCUGUGUAAUAUGUAUUAAUAAUAGUUUAUAUGAAGACGGAAUUAAAAUAUUUCACUUUUCAAA